AUGUUUGCCCGCCUCCUGAUUCUCAUCUUUGGCAUCGCUGUCGCCCUUUGCCAGGCCUCCUACAAAUCGCAGCAGCCGUACGACAAGUUCAAGUACUGGGGGUGUGCCACUGUCGACGCCGCUGGCUUCAGCAACCCCGUUCCGCUUCCCAAUGGUGUCUUGACCCCCGAGAUGUGCCAGGCUGCUUGUGUCGACCACAUGUUUGCCGCCGUAUCUCCCAAUGCUUGCCGCUGUGGAGACGAUCCCAAUGCUAUCAAGGCUAUCAAUGAAGGAUUCUGCAAUAACCCUUGCUCCGAAGAUCCCUACUCUCCCAUGUGUGGAGGAGGCUGCUCUGAGGACGACUCUGACAUCUCGAACCUGUUUGUCAUCCAGAAUGCUGCUAUUCAAGCCACCGAAAGUCAGCCUGAGUUGGGCAGUCCGGAGGAUCAGCAUGUACCUUCCACCGUUGUCAUUACUGUCACGUCAAGGGUAUCAUUUGCUUCAGCUGCACUCCCAUGGCAAACUUCUUCAUCUUCUGGACAGGAUCAAGUGGCCCCUUCACAGCCACCUACUGUCCAACAACUCCCUGAGAUUGCAAGCCCUCUUCCUUCGUCAGUUUUUGUCCCUGUCGACCCUCCUGCUACUUCUCCCGGCCAGCUCCUGGAAUCGACCACCUCAACUGUCCAAGUUCCAUCCAGCCUCACUUGGCUUGAUGAUGAGCCUCCCACUACCCCGGUGGCAGACCCAGACUCGCUGUCGGAUGGUUCUGAAGUUCUUUCCGCGUCUCAAACAGAGUCUCCCACUAGCGAAGUUCUAGUUACAGACACUGGUUCUGUGCCUACCCCUACCGUCAGUCAAGUGGGUUUCUCGGAGGCAAAUCAUUUUGAGUUCCCAUUGGUCAUCACACUGAGUGAACUUCUCCUCAUCGCUGUGAUGCUCGUUUGA